AUGGGCGGCGCCGGCUCCGUCGCGCGGCCGCCGGCGCCCGCGGCCUGGGGCGCCGGCGGCGACGUGCUCUGCGUCGAGCUCCGCGCGGCCACGGGCUUCCCGGCGGCGCCGCCGGCCGGCGGCGGCCUGCCCUUCGUCGCGCUGCGCGUCGGCGCGAGCGACGACGCGCCCGUCGCCGCGCGCUGGCCCCACGCGCGCCGCGCGGAGACGGCGCCCGUCUGGCGCGGCUGGCGGCCCCUGGGCGAGCCGGAGGGCUGCGCGGCGAUUACCGUCGAGCUCUUCGAGGGCGGCGCGAGAGCGACGCUGGACCUCGUCGGCGCCGACGGCGCCGUCGCGCCCGGCGACGUCACCGCGUCCGUCGGCGGCUGCGCGCUCGUCUUCGCCGCGCGCGUCGCGACCUGUGUGCAAAUCAUCCAGUGA